UUUAAUUGGCUCGCGCAGGGAGGCCGGAGGUUGGAAGACGGGCACGGCGCCGGCAGUGCGCGUGCGCAGGGCCGGCGCUUUUGACAGCCAGUCCGCGUGCGUGGGGCCGGCGCGUUAACAGCCAGUGCGCGCGGCCGCUUGGAGUCAAACACAAGAGACAACAAAACGCUGUCAGAAACAGUGCGCGUCACACACGGGGUCGCCAGCGAUUCAUUUCAGCGAACAGACCUGGGAGAGAAGGAAGGCGACGGUGGAAAAACCAUGGACUGAAAAAGAAAAAAGCCGACGGCGUUCUUACACGGCACGAAUCCAAUCGUUUAAGACAGCUGUUUGUCUCCAACCACCCUGCCCCCAACCGAGGGAAAAGUACAUUUUUUCCACACUCUCUGUCUUCACCCCCCCCCCCACCCCACCUUCUGCAGAAUCAAAAUGGAAAUUCUUGCUUGACAAGCGGGAGAACGCCGAAGAAGCCACAAUGCGGUGAAGCUGAAAGUUGCGCUGAUAUUUUAACCUGAUCUAUUAGUGAGGGGGUUCUCGGUCAACCCAGAGAUUGUGUGGGUGAAGAUGAUGCACAAGCAGCUGCAGAGGGAUGAGGUUUACCGUUGGUUCGGUGAGUUGAAUUCCUCUCAGAGAGUGGAUUUCAUUUGCGGGCUACUCGAUCUCUGCAUCCCCUUGGAGCUUCGCUUUUUGGGCUCCUGCCUAGAGGACUUGGCCAAGAAAGACUAUCAUUCUCUCAGGGACUCGGAGAUCAAAGCGAACAACGUGGCUGACCUGGCCAGCUUGACGAACAUGACCGACGAAGUGGUCCGUAGCAAACUGAUCGUCUCUUUGGCCUUGCUGUGUUCCGACAACAGGGAGGCGUCCGGGGUCCUGUACCGCACCCUUACCCACAUCGAUUCCAUCAUCAACAACUAUGGCCUUCAGCUUCACGACAGGACUGGCGACGAAUUCCUGCUCCUGUUUACCAUGGCUUCCAACCACCCUUCCUUUACCUUCCACCAGAAACAGGUUCUGAGGCGGGAGUUGCUAGAGAUCCAGAGGAUUAUCGAUAGUACUUCUAACACAAGGACGGUUCCCGUCACGGCUACACCAGUUACAACUACAGCCAAUUGGGACACUAGUUCGGCUGAAUGCAAGGUAAUGCACAAAGUGGAAAGUGGCAUACACUGUUUGGAGAAUGCAUUACAGACAUCAGCGCAUUCCUGUGAUGAAUCCUCCCAAAAACGGCCUUCAGGCAAGCAUUCAAGAAUAAACAUUGAGAGGAUAAAUGUGAGAGGAUUACAGCACAAGAAGAAUGAGAAGACUGCUGAAUAUUACUUUGAGGUCCUGUGGUCAGAUUCUUCAAUGACGUUCAUAACCAAGACUUAUCGGGAGCUCAGAGAAUUUCUUUCAAAGCUUCCUCAAAUGUUCCCAGAUGAGAAUUUGGAAAAUUCCUUUCCAGAAACCACCAACCAUGACUGCUGUUACACAGAAGAGAAAAAGUAUUCAGAUCUGGAGCCAUAUCUCAGAUAUUUGAUAUCUUUACCAUCUCAUAUGUUAAAAAAUGAUUACAUACAGAAGUUCUUCUGCACUGCCACACCCAAUUAUUCAACUCAACACUUGAAUGCCAACUCCAUACCAAUGAUGUUACAUAAAGCUAACACAAGCACUGGUGCAGCUGUAAGGCCAAUAUGUGGUGUAGCCAGCAUCCAGUGUUCCUAUAACACAAUGCAGCCAUCAAUCCCUGCUUCUUCAUGUUCCCAUUCAGUUAGUGGAAGCUCUGCAUCAGUCACUUGGCCACAGACUGAUCCACAGAAUCCAGAACAAAUUGGUAUCCUUGACUGGCUAAAGAAGUUACGUCUGCACAAGUACUAUCCUGUUUUUAAACAGCUCACAAUGGAUAAGCAAGGGAAGUUGUGGAAUAAUAUAACUGACCUCUGCAAACUUAACUUGGGGGAAAAAAAACUGGAUUCAGAGAAUAUAUUGGAUGUUCAAAUAAAAGAGAAACCAGCAAUGUUAUCAACUCACCUGAGCAACCUAAAUACUGGCUCAUGGAGACCCACAGCACAAGUUUCUCCAGUGCAAAAUGAAACUGGAUUGGCUCACCCUAGCCAUGUAUCUUCUGCCAUUUCCACUGUACAAUUCAUGCCAGUGAUCUCUUCGAACAUCGCCCCCAGCCGAAUGCUAAAUUCAGUACGGAAAUCAGAAAGAGGCAGUUUUGAUAUAAAGCCUAUUACUGGCAUUUCUUCUCCAAUCCAUGCAAGCUCAUCUGUUGAUCUUGGAAGCAAACUUCAUGAAGGGCCUGCCAGUAGCAUCAAAGUAGAGAAAAAGUUUUCCUCUCUUGGAGCCAUGGUUGUGGAUGUAAUGCCAACAUCUCCACUUCAGGCUUCCCAAAUAUCCACUAGUGUUAUGGAAAACAGUGGGAUUCCAUCUAAAGUUGUAAAUUUCGGGAUUAGAACUAAAGUUGGACCUCCUUCCAUGGACAGUACACCUAAAACAACUCCAUUAACAUUACCAAAAGUGGACAGCAGUUCUUCCACUACUGCAACAUCUAACCCUGCAUAUAACCUUCCUCACACUCCAAUGAAACUUCUCGUCUCCUCCUCUAUUCCUACGGAACCUAUGCUGGUGGGACAAACGGCCUAUAAUAGUGUUGUACAAGUUAAAAGUGUCUCACCUGCUGUAAUAAGUGCAAGGACAGUUCCUUAUUCAGCCAACACCAAAGUUGCCUUUUCAACAAUGCAGUGUUCACCUGUAACUUCCAUCUCUGGCGCUUUCUGUGCAAAUAAUAACAAUGCACCUGCCAAUAGUCAUUCUUCUGUGUCCUUCACAAACAUUGUGAGUGUGCCAAAUUGUCCUAUCCCUAGCUCCAGCCCAACCCUCUCUUCUGUGGCGGAAAACAGUUAUAUUAACAGCAAUAAUGGUAGUGGUGGCUCAGGAAUGAAUAUCCCUAUGCAGCAGCAGCAGCAGCAAACUGGGUGUAACGUGUGCAGUUCAUGUGGCUGCAGUGGAAACUGUGGUUCAAAUCCUGUGACAAUUAACUAUGCCAAUUACUUCCAAAGCCCAUUUUCAGGGCAUUCAGUGUUAACUUUUCCAAUUUUCCCAUUCAAUCCAUUAUGUAAUAGUGGUUAUAUCAGCACCCAAUACAAUAACGGUACUGCCUUUCCCUAUCCAGUUGUUCCACCUCCUGCUUACAAUACUGGUUUGACUCCUGAUUCCAUCUUAAGUGGGCAAUCAAACUUUGUCAUGCCUCCCAUGCAAAAUUUCCUGGGUGGUACAACUGCAGUAUAUCAGACACAAAACAUGCUAGGAAGCACAAAUGGACCAGGACAUAAAAAGAAUGGGCAUAUUUCAUGCUACAACUGUGGGGCUAAUGGACACCGAGCUCAGGAUUGCAAGCAGCCAGCUAUGGAUUCCAAUCAGCAAGGUACUUUUAGACUGAAGUACGCCCCUCCAUCUGAACGCAUGGACUCAGCAGACUAGCAUUUGGAAAUAUGCAUUAGCAUGUAUCACAAUGUGCCAUUGAGUAAACCAAUAGCAGGUACAAAGAAAGAUGCAAAGAUGUUUCAUGGAUAUCUUGACCUGCUAAAUUAAUUUCCUGCUGUUUUUAUCCAAAGGUGCUUUUUUAAAAAAAAAAGUUCUUAUACGGGAAUAGAAACUACACUACGCAUGCACUAGCUGUAAAUAUAACUCUAAGUGAGUUUCGAGAUUGGCUAAAACCAGAAUCAUUAGCUAAAAUUGUGCAAUGAUAUUGCACGAAGAAAAUGAAAUGUAUCCAGAACCAUUAUAUAACUGUGGAUAUUCCUACAAACUAGAACAAAACAGCAGAACUGUUUUCCUUUUGAUAGCCUAUUAUUGUACAGCUUUACAAGAGUGGAGAAAAGGGGGAAACCUCCAGAGGGAGGAACAAGAAACUUUAUAAAAUAAUUUGCUGUUACAUUUACAAUGCAAUAUUGAUGGAGCACAGCAGAGUUGACCAAAGCGCACUCAUUUGAUCACCAAGUUAGUGAAGACAUUUGGAAAACAAUGCUGAAAGAACAAAAAGACUCUUCCAUCUCUGAGAAGAUGCAUUGAGCCUAGAUUUGGCUGGGUGGGAAAGCUUGUAUCUGUUUUUGUAAGGUUCUUCAACUUGUAUAUUUUUAAGAAAGAGACUUUACAUGUAAAAAGACGCAAACAAAUAUUUUUUUUGUAAAGUUAGUGUGUUUUUUGUAGAAAUAUUGUCAAGUUCUCCUGAAUCAAUUUGUCAUGUUUACAAGUAUUGUGUGUACGUGUGUGUAUACAGAAGAACCUUUACACGUGUCCAUAUUUAGGGAGAACAUUGAAUAUGUCUGUAUUUAAGAUGAACAUUGAAUUAGUCCUGCAAUCUGUAACUUGGAUGAACUUGCAUUUCACACUAAGCAAAGUCAGUUUACUCUUCAGUGUGAAAAGGAAGCCUGUUGUUUUCUGUCAACAUGUGGAACAUGAAAAUUGAUGUUCGCUUAUCAUCCAUAAGAAAGAAAUCUUGGUUUACUAAAGUAAAAGUUGGAAGAAUUUUGCUUCAAUCACUAAGAAAUCCAUUUAUUUUGUGCUUUUUCAGCCCCAGAUUUGUAAAUACAGAUCUAUAACAGUUAGAUAUUGAAGCUGUUACUAAUAGUAGCUCAUCAUCUGGUCUCUAUGCAAAGUGAAAGCUGCAAGUUUUACACAGAACUCCACAUAGAUGCAGUAUUAUUUCCAUGUGAUUGUAUUUUGAGAAUAGUCAGUUGAAAUGUUUGCUGCAACAAAUUAGCAUUUUUACUUAACUCUUGAACUUGGAGAAUUGGCAUUUAGAACUAAUUUUUUUGUUACCUGUAGUUUUAUUGAACAGUAUGAGAGGAACAUGUUUCAAUAUGGAGAUGAAGUGAGAGGAUCUAAUAUGCACCAUUACUACUUGCCUUAAUUAACUUCAAAUUAAAGCCAGUUUUCCAAAUAAAUUUUAUUACAUUAUUAUGGGAUUGCAUCCUAAGGUAUAAAGGUUAUAACAAAACUCUUCUCGGUAACUUUUUUUGGCGUAGUCCAUACUUCUGCUGGAGACGAAAAGAAUAUUGUUUAGAAGUUAAUGCAGAGGAAUUGGAUUUGAAAUAAAUAUGUGGUGUGCUCAUCCAUAGCAAUGCAAGUGUUGGGUAAAUAAAAAGUUGUUUUUAUUUUGGUAAUUCCUGCACUUUCAAUGCUUUGUAAACCCUGUUUGAAUAUUCUACAGAAGCCCUGUGCAAUUUCUACACUGUGGCCCUUCAUGUGUGGUGACUGCUACAUAUCUCUGAGCACAAAUGGCAGCUUUUACCAAUCAUAUACAAGCUAUACUUACCAAUGUACAGGAAUUAAUAUGGAAUAUUGUGCUAUUAGACUUUAUAUCUGAUGUCAGCAUCAUUUCACAAGAUAAUGUUGGCUUCAAAAUAAUUUGAGUUUCAAAAAUAUUGUGAUUUGGGUUCAGAAAUUUCAAUCUUUUCCUUUCUGUUCAUAAUCCAAUCCUCCCACAGUUAUUUCUAGGACCAAAGUUAUACAUCUUUCAAGGGCUUUCAUGUAUUCUGUUGUUCAAAACCUGACUUUGAGCUUUUUUUUAAAAGAAAAAAUCGAAGAUCCUUGAUGCCCCCUGCCCCACUAUUACAUUGACUUAAAACAUGAAUUGCCCCAUCAUCAUCCUGUCAUAGCAUCAGUGGAGCAGAAUGUUGGAUCCUGCUUGCCAUUCAUGAUGCAGUGGGAAAAGUCCUAUAUGCAAUACCUAUACUAGGCUGGCUAUGGUCACCACAUUUUAAUACACAUUACUAGCGUGUGGGCAAAAUACCAAAACAUGCAGGACUAUUUCAUAAAUUUAUAGGACUGUUUUAUAAUUCUGGUGAAUAUGGUUGGGCUUCAAAAUUUAAAUAAAAGUAAGUUUGGUUAAAGUAAAUGUUGGCCAUCUGGCCUUGAAUACACAGGCAAGUUAAUGUUUCACAACGACCAGUUACACAACCAAAAGCAGAUAUGAUCAUAUGCAGCAAUCUGUGUAUGUAUCAUGAAAAUGUUUGUCCAAAUCAUGUGACUUUCUGAAAAUUGUUUGAAACUGAGAAAUUUGCUCUUCUUGCUGUCUCUCCCCAGUAAUUUCUCCUUUGUGUUUGGAAAUGUCCAAUGUGAGAACAAAUGUUUCCGUGCAGACUUGCAACACCAAUUAGUAUUUUAAUUGGUUAUCUGUUGUUUAUUCAGGCUAAUGUUUUAAAAGAAGGAUAUUAAAAUACUGACUGGAAACAGAUUUGUGUUAUAAUAAACUCAUAAUGAAUGAUAAGUGAAUAAAAUUUUACCAAUGUAUUACAGAUAUACAAAAACUUCUGCAAAAGAGGCAGAAAUGUAACUGGCAUAAGACAGUGCAACUGCCGCAACACUUGAGGAUAUGUUUUUGAAAAUUUACAUUUGACAUGAGUGCAUUAUGGCCAGGUAGUUGGGUUGAAUUGUCAAAAAAACGCCAUUUCCCUUACAUAUAUUCACAUGAUCUUGCAGUGCAAAAUGUUCUACUUCCAGCUUAAUAUCAACAUUUCUUGUUGUAUUAAAGAAUAAAUGUAGAGAAAUGAACCAUAGGGUUAGUUUUGUUUAUUUGAAGAGGAUAAUUUUUGUAGCAGCUGUCUGUAUGUGUCUUUCUCUUUUCCGUCUAUCAUACUUGGAGUGGGUGUUGUAAAGAUGAAUUGUCGAGUUCCCAAUGUCCAAACGAUUAAAGUCAGAAGUCACACGACACUGGGUUAUAAUCCAUCACAUUUAUUUGAAAUCACAAACUUCUGAAGCAGUGCU